AUGAGUGGACAAGCAGUUGGCCCCAUGAGCCCACCAGGCACCUCAUCAACACCUUCAAAAGCGCCUCUCGACGGCCGCUACACUUCCCUCAUCCGACUGGAGCCUUCCCACGCUGAGCCAAGCUGGAAGCAUCUUGGUGGUGAACGAAACGGACAUCUGUGGACAUACAUGUUUGGAGGACCUUAUACCAACCAUCAGCAGUGGAAAGAGACUGUUGAAGGUUUCACCAAGACUGAAGAUCCAUUCUUCUACACUGUUCUAUCCGGCCCACGCGACGAUCCAAGCUCCGAACCCGUUGGCCAAAUGUCUUAUCUCAACAUCGUUCCUGAUCACCGGAGGAUUGAAAUUGGAAACAUCAUCUUUGGCACAGCGCUGAAGCAGACAAGAGCUGCCACUGAGGCGUUUUACCUGAUCAUCAAGCAUGCUUUCGAGGAUCUGGGAUAUAUGAGGGUUGAGUGGAAGGCGAACCAUCUCAACAAGCCUAGUCUUGCCGCUGCGGAACGUCUAGGCUUUGUUUUCGAGGGUAUCUUUAGAAAACACAUGAUUAUCAAAGGAAGACGCCGAGAUACUGCUUGGUUCAGCAUCACUGAUGAAGAGUGGCCUGUUGUCAAGAAGGGGCUUGAGACAUGGCUGAGUGAGGAGAACUUUGACGAGAACGGAAAACAAAUCAGGUCAUUAAAGGACAUCAGACGAGGUUUCACAGAGGGCAGCUGA